GCUGGCAAAAGAUAAAGGGGACGUAUAGUAUGAGACAGAGGAGGUGCUGAGAAUGAACGAGAGAGUACUACAUUGGAGAGGUUGGGGGAGGUAGACAGAAUGAGAGGUGAGAGAGAGAGAGAGAGAGUGAGGGAGGGAGGAGGAUGCACAGUUCUGCAGCGCUGCAAGGACAGUGAGCUUCUCAAAGAGAGCAAGAGAACAGAGAGACUUGAAGCUCAGCCUGAACACCAUACACACAGCUGACCAGAGGGCAACGGGCAACAACACAUACUCACAGCAUCGUCAACGACCAGGCUGGAUCAAGUCCAUUAGAGGCAUCUGGGGACAGGUCACAAGAUGUCAUUUUUCUUUUAGAAACCCAUCAAAUGCAGAGAUCAUUUUUCUGUUCUCUAGUCUAUGAACUAUGAAUGAGAGAGUGUGUGUGUGCAAGCCUCGUUAAGCUUCAGGGUCACACCGUUACUGGCUUACGCCACAGUGCUGUGUAAGAGGAGCCCGAGCAAGACGAAGAACCAAAGCCAGAGUUUUGGACAACAAAAGAACUGUUGGGUCAAGAGGUACCAUGAGCGAGUCCAAGAAACGUGAGGUGGAGCUGAGGGAUAAAGCCAUCAUGCACCAGCAGAGGAGGCUGAAGCAGGCCACGCAGUUCACGCACAAGGACUCGGCUGACCUCCUGCCUCUGGACGGUCUCAAGAGGCUGGGGACCUCCAAAGACUUGCAACCUCACAGCAUUGUGCAGAGGCGCCUCCUGGAAGGCAAUAUCUCACGGUUAUGUGGGGAGGCAUGGGAGACCCCGUCCCGCGUGCGCUCACCUCUCGCUGACAGCAAGGAAGGUGCUGAGGCAGAGGAGAAGAGCGAAAGCACUGUUGAUGACUCCACUGAGGAAAGAGAGUCACCGGAGGAGAGCGAGAAAAGUCUGAGAUCCGAUGAGGAUGACGAGGAGGAUGAAUAUCCUGUUGGAAAGGCAGUGCUCAAAGAGAAAUGGAUGGAGGCAGGAAGAGACAGCGAAGAAGCAGGACCAGAGCAGAGGAAGAAAGUGUCCAACCCCUCAGCUUUGCAGGUGCAGUGUAAGUGUGGUGAUGCUGAGGUAAAGGUCUCCAUUAACACAGGCUGUCAGUUUAACCAUAUCUCCAGUACAUGCUGCAGAAGGCUGGGACUGAAAAUCAGUCCCAGGGUUAAGCCAGGGACUGAGAAGAGUGAGUCCAUCCCUCACACUGUGACAUCCGUGCAGAUCCAGAUUGGAAGCAAAAGAGUUCACUGUACUGCUCAGGUCACAGACGAUGAGGCGUUUGAGCUAUGCCUGGGCCUACAGACUCUGCUGGAGCUCAAAUGCUGUGUUGACCUGAACAGCAGAGUUCUGCGCCUGCAUAGCAACGGCGAGGAGCUGCCCUUCCUGGAGACACCUACUUGUAGCCAGUGCCAUCACCGUGACAACAACAAAAACCUGUGACCUUUGACCUCACCCUUCUUCAAACCCUACUGAAAAUGAGUGGGAAUUUGGACCACAGCCAUCACGCUCCUCUUUUACCUCUCCUAUUUCCUCCUCUGAUUUCCCCCCUACAACCUUUCAUGUUGGUUUGUGUGUUAAUUUUCAGCAAUUUCUGUGCUCAAAUUGUGUUUCUAAUAAUAAAGUGUAUCUAAUUACAAAUUGGGAAAUUAAACAAUAGAAUGGUAAAUACUGUACUGUACACUGCCUGGACAAAAAAAGGUCACCAUUUCAGGAGGGUAGCUAUUGUGCUGCAUCAAGCAAAGAAAACAACUAAGGUGAGAUUUCAAAUUACAGCAACUGGGUUAAGCAACCUUUCAGUCAUGAGAUCUAAUGAGUUUAGAUUGACCCUAUUCCCGAAACGGUGAGUCUGGCAGGGUGAGAGGGGAAGCACCAUGAAGCAAUGCACCCAAGCCUCUGGAGGCAGUGGGAUGAUCUGGGGUCUAGACUCAGCAACGUUAUAUGGGGCCACGCUGUGAAAAUAUAUAUACUAUAAAAACUAAGUAUAUACCUUUUUUUUGGCCAGACAGUGUACAAUACUUAAUAAAUUUAGGAAGUGAACUAAAAAUAGCCAUAUAAACCUGAGAUAUUAAAAUGGUGAAAGAUUUAAUGUUUUUCAAUUAAAUUAAAGUAAAAUGUCGAUGAAGAUGAAGAUUCUCAAUUAUCCAGGUGAGGUUACCUGUUAAGUUAACUGGACUUCAUUCUUGUCCAACUGACAUGACUCAACUUCCCGAGAAACAUUAAAGUAAAUGUUGGUUUCUGGAAAGGACUUCAGAUAUUUCUUGAUGUGCCUUUUCAGUGUGUCACUAAUUUUGACAACACAAAGCAUAAACCAGUAAAUGUGCACCCCUGGAUAAUGAGCAUAUUUUCACUUAAAUGUAAUUUAAAAAAUAUAUAUUGUAUCUGUUAAAAAAAAUAUGUUGAACUUUGUGUUUAAAACACAGCAAAAUAUUUGCUUAGCAAGUGAAAAUGUCUUGAAUAUAAUGACAUUUAUUUAAUAUUUUUAAUCAGAACAUUAUUUUAUAACAAACCAAAUACAACAUUAUCAACUUUUUCUGGGACAAGGGUGGCUCUCGGGUGCUGGUCAGAGGGUUGGGGGUUCAAGUUCCGCCACUGCCAAAUUGCUGCUGUUGGCCCCCUUAACAAGGCACUUAACCCUAAGGCCCAUACAAAAUCACACUGGCGUUGCCGAUCUCAAAGCCCGGCACUGCAAAACUACCAUAGCUGCAGAAAUAACAGAACUUGUCACUCCAUGUGCUCAACAAUACACAGAAAAGGCAAAAAAAUAUUUAUAUAGAGAUAUUUCCAGACAAUUUUACUCCAUUUGGAAUUUAAAACAUUCCAUUGGCAGAUGGUUUUGCUGAGAUUUAUAGAAGGAAGACAGACAGUAGAUAUAAAUAUUUACAGCACAAAGUUUGAAAUUUAGGGAAAUAUUUUAAAUAAUAAUUAUUUCAAUAAUUAUAUUCAGUUUUAUUGCAACCUAUAAUAUUUUUACUUGCUACAAUGAUGUUUUUUUCCAGCAUGGUCAAGAAUAUAUCCACCAAUGUUAACUAGACCUGUCAUGAUCCUCUCAAAUAUUUCCUGAUCCUUUUGGACUCUCCAUGACAGAUGAUUGAAACAUUCCAGCCUUCUGCAAGAUUUUCUAGAUAGAUAAAUAUAUACAUAUAUUAUAACCCCAGUUUUGAUCUUUUAAAAUGAUCUUUAUAUAAACUUUGUGAGGGAUACUGUAUUUCUGUGGCUGAUUCUUUGCUUCAUAGCCGAUCGUGUUUAACCCAUCAGCUACGAACACAUAGAGAGCUGGUCCUAAACAAAACGUUUUAGUUCAAAACAAGUGAGAUUGGACCCCAAGGCUUUUAUUGACUUCUUCAUUUCAUGGCUUAGCUUCCCAUAAACGAAUCUACUGUGCCUACUGACAUUUCUGAGAUCAUUUAGUUUUGAAGCAUUGUCAAACUGUCACGCAAUUUCCCUUGAUCUUAAUGAAAAUAUGUAAGAAAAUGAAAGGAGCGUUCAAUCCGCUAACUAUUCUGGCCUCCAUCACUGUCUUUGUUGUGACACAUCUCAGAUCAGAGAUUAAUCCUGCUUUCAAUCCUGCUUUGAUUUACUCUGCCGCUCUGUUUGGCUCCAGGAUAAAAAACAAACAAAUAUAUUUGUAUGCUGUAAAUGAAGGAAAUACAAUGUAUGAAAGAUUAUUUUUGCCAUUUUUUUUCUUUUCUCUGUCUAAUAAAAAAUAUGGAUACUG